CAGUAUCUAUAAAAAUGAGAGAUCAUCCAGUAUUUCAUUGUGAACUGAAAGAACAGUUUUAUAAGAAGAAACCAUGCCCGACAGACCACUUAAAUCAUGAAGGUAAAUGCAGCCUGGGUAAUUGCGAAAUAUCUCCAAAGCCAACUUGCAUCCAUUGUAAAGGCUCUCAUCAGGCCACUGAUAGAUCAUGUCCGGAAAUGGACAGACAGAAGAAAAUCAAUGAGGCUAUGGCAUGGUACAACUUAUCCUUUUUUGAAGCGGCCAAACUCUUUCCAAGAGGCCCCAAAUCAAGUGAGUUUAAUCGCUCUAAUGAAAAUUUCCCUCCUAUUCAUAACACGGUUGCCCCCGUCUCUCAGCCUUCCCCUAGAUCUGCUUCUAAAACUUAUUCUGUCAUAGCAAAAAAGCGUAAGUCCCCCCAAAUAGAAUCAGGGUAUGAUAGGGACGCCCACAGGGAUUGUCUCGUGCCGCCGUUGACUAGGCAGAAGUUGAAUCACACUAGCAAAAGUCAAUCUUCUCCCUCAUAUUUAAAUGAUUUAUCGUCAGAGUCCGAGAUGGACACUGCUUCUCCAGGGGUUUCCUCCUCUGGUGAAUUUUGGUAUCGGUUUGAAAAUUUAAAGAAAAAAGUCUUGUCCAAUAUACCCAGUAAAAGUGCUUACCAUGAAAUUGAGAGUCUUUUUGACUCCCUGCCUCCUCCCGGAGGAUGCAGGUUUUAAUUUAUUAAUGUUCCCAGAUCGACAGUCAAAUCUUUCUGUUAAAAUUAGUAAUCUCUCAAUUAUUCAUUGGAACACUUGCGGUAUUAGAAGUAAUUGUGAUAGUAUUAUUAGACUUAUUCGUGACUUUGGUCCGGAUAUAGUCAUGAUUAAUGAAUCUUUUUUACUCCCAUGGGAAGAGACAUUUAUAUUUACCGAUGCCUCUAAGGGACCAGAUGAUAGAGUUGGCUUUGGAGUAUUUAUUCCGUUUCUCAAUGUUAGGGUCGGGCAUGGGUUGAAUAGCGCGUUUUGUAUUUGCUCUGCAGAAAUGGUAGCUAUUAGUUACGCCCUAGAUCUUAUAUUAGAUUAUAAUAUUAAACAGGCAGUAAUUGUCUCCGAUUCCAAAAGUGCCCUGCAGAGCUUCGGAUGCAGUGCGGUUGAAGCUUCCAACAGCUACAUUCUACUAGAUAUUAAAGCAAAGAUUGAUAUUUUAAAGCGCAGACUUGGGGGGAAAAUCCGAAAAAUUGACAUUUAGAACUUCUGAGAUUAGUCUCCUUCACUGGAGAAGAUCCGAAAAUCCUCGACAUUUGGAACUUUAAAGUUUAGUCUCCUUCGCUGGAGAAGAUCUGACAAUCCUAGACAUUUGGAACUUCAAAAAUCAGUCUUCUUCGCCAGAGAAGAUACGAAAAUCCUCGACAUUUAGAACUUCAAAAUUCUGUCUCCUUCCUGGAGAAGAUCCGAGAAUCCUCGACGGUAGUCGGCAAUGGGCGAAUGAUCCUGGUAGUCGUGCCCAACAGUUAUCUGUGAAACGCAUCAUUGAAUUGAAUUGAAGCUUUUUCUGUUAGGACUGUGUGUGCCGAUUCGCAAAUGUAAUUUUCAAGAUAAAAAGUUACAAAGGGUAUUAGAUUAGCUUUGUUUUUUUGGAAAUUGUUCUGAAAUGAAGUAUAUGCAAGUCUAUGUUUAACAAUGUGAAAGUUUCUUUUUUUGGGACCAAGUCCAAGUAUUGCUAUGUAAGCUUUAAAAAGUUUAUCAUGUCCAAACCAGACUCGCAUUCGAAGAAAUUCAAUAAUUCCAAAGCUGCGGCCAAACCAAAAUCUAAAAGCACUGAAAGUUUAUUUGCCAACUUCACCAUGUGGUCAUCAUCUAACAGCGGUAGAUUUAAUCCCCCAUUGCCUUCAAAUUAUUCGCUAUAUGGUUUAUAUUGGCAAUCAGUUUUGCAGCAAAACCAAUUAUGUGAUCCAUUUAAUACUUUCCUGCCACAGCAUCAGCAAAUAAGCAAAUUGACAAGUAAUGCUCAGCAUCAAAUAUAUCAUUCAUCUCGAGUUAUCAACAGACAAUGCAAGGACACUCGUAGAAAUAGAAGUGCUGGUGGAAAACCCAGAAAUUGUUUGAAUGAAUUAACAAAGGUUUGUGAACUACUCUGCAAAAGGAUAUGGGAACCUAUAUAUGACGAUAAAGGAAGAAAUGGGGAUUUUACAUUCACUGUUAUGUCUUACAAUGUACUAGCACAAGAUUUAAUUAAAGAACACCCAGAACUUUACAGAAUGCAUGACCCAAAUGCUCUAAGGUGGAAUGUUAGGUGGCGAAAUUUGUAUAAUGAAAUUAAAGUUCUUAGUCCUGAUAUUAUGUGUCUUCAGGAGGUGCAAAAUUCACAUAUUGGAGCAUAUUAUGAUAAACUUGAAGCACUCGGUUACAUUGGUAUAUAUAAAAAACGAACCGGGUGUAGAGUUGAUGGUUGCGCUAUAUUCUAUAAAGCCCAUUUGUUUGCCUUGGAGGAAUAUGAGACUGUAGAGUUUUUUCAGCCCAAUGUGCCAAUAUUAAACCGGGAUAAUGUUGGCAUAAUUGCAACAUUUUCACCCAAACGCCAUCCGCACAAGUCAUUUGUAAUUGCAACUACACAUCUAUUGUACAAUCCCAAACGUGAGGAUGUACGUUUGGCUCAAAUGCAGUUGCUGCUUACAGAAGUAGAGAGGUUGAGUUUCAGAUAUAAAUUCAAGUUGAAAAAUCCUUAUUUGCCUAUAAUUCUGACAGGUGAUUUAAAUUCAACCCCAGAUUCAGAAGUGUACAGCUUUUUAACUAAAGAUUCAUUGAACUAUGAACAUCUUAGUAAUAGGUCUGUAAUUGAAGCAAGCAGUAAUAAGCAGAAAAAGUUUUUGGUGCCACCUCAUUUGGGUAUAACAGAUGAUUCUCAACAUUUUCUAUUGUUGGAGCAGAGAAAAACCAAUCGACAAAUAUCAAGGUCUCUCGAAAAAGCUCUGAUUCAGUUGCACAACAGCGAGAGAGACGUAAGCGUAGUAAGCUCGGAGAAUUUAACGAAAAACUUUGAGCUUUUCGGUUCGGGCUCUAUUAAGCACAAAUUCUCUUUGAAAUCUGUUUAUGCAUAUAAUACGGAAAAUCCUGAAGGUACCACUUUUCAAAAUCGAUGGUUGAUGGUAGAUUAUAUAUUUUACAGCGGGAAUACUCUGCAGGAUACUUCUACAAGUGAUCUUAAAUUAAUAUCCAGGCAUAGGCUGCCAACUAGAAACGAGCUGAAAGGCAUCAAAAUUCCAAACAGCCUGAUGGGUUCGGACCACAUAAGUUUGAUGGCCAAGUUUUUACUGAAAACGUGAAAACUUAUAGGUAGUGUUCUUAUUUCGUUCUGUAUAUUUUGUUAACCAUUAUUUAAGGUAUUUUAGAAAUAAAGGCCGUGUUUAAGCAACACAGAAACGUAAUAUGUUUUGUUAACUCCAGAAGUAUUGUCUAAUUUAAAAAAAUAUAUAUUUUGACUAUAUUAUGGGUUUGUUUCCUGACUAUGUUGCGUUGGGGAUUGAGAACAAUAGUUCGUUUAAUGGCCCCCACAGACGCUCAGUUUUUUAAUACAGGCCGUCUGUGCAAACCUAGUUUGUGCAGGCAUAUCGGUGCGUUUGUGUGAACGUCCGGCCGACUGCGCAGGCCGUUGGCCUAGCCUGAGCGCGAAAUCACACAGUGCUUGAAUUUAGCCUGCGCAAACUUGGAAACCUGAGCGUGUGUGGACUCGUUCAAUUGAUUUGUUCAGUUUUAAGGUUUAUUUAGAAUCCAAAAAUAGUAAGCAACAAAAUGACGAAUGUUAACAAACAGUUUUUAAGCGAAUUUAUUGAGGUAUACAAAAGCUUACCAUGUUUAUGGAAAAUAAAGAGUAAAGAAUACAGUGACAGAAAUAAAAGUCCGCAGCCUAUGAUGUGUUGGUCGAAAAACUCAAAGAAGUUGAUACGGGAGCAAAUGGGAAAGCCGUGGUUAAAAAAAUAAAUAAUUUAAGGAGUUAAUUUAGGAAAAAAUUAAAAAAGUAUUGAAAUGCAAAGUAAGUGGGGCCGGUACAGAAUAUGUUUAUACUCCAAACCUGUGGUAUUAUGAAAUGCUGAUCUUUUUAAGUGAUGAAGAGACACCACAUGCCUCAACGAGUAACCUAGACGAUGAAGAACAUGGAAUAAAGAGCCCACUUAACGUUCUAAGUCCUGAAGUGCAUGAUCCUGGAGUUUUUAACAUCGAACUAACAGAAGAUUCCGAAAUUUUAUCACGCCCUACUAGGUCAGCCAGUUUCACUCCAAGUUCCUCAAAAAAGAAGAAAAGACCAGAAAACUCAACUGACAUAUUAAUAUCAAGAGCAUGUGCACAAUUAGUAAAGAAGGAAAACCAAUUUGAUACAAUAGCCAAAACUAUAGCCUCAAAACUAAGAAGCUUGCCACAUGAGCAACGAAUAUAUGCUGAAAAGAUCAUUAAUGAUGUGUUGUUCGAAGCAGAACUAGGAUGCUUAAACCGAAAUUAUAAGUUGGUGCAAGAGCCUGCAGCUAAAAUUCCAAUUGUAUGGAAGCCUCUCGUCAAGAACAAUAUAAUAAUAUGCAGUCUUCCUAUGAACUGCAUGUUAUGCAACCCAUACUUUCUGUAUAACAACAACACCAACAACAAGGUAAUGAAAAUUUAGGUACUUUUCUGCGUGGGUAUAACCCCGAAGCCGAAUAUUAAUUUGUAGAUAUGGUUUUCAACCCUUGAU